UUUCGUUUCAAAUGUGAUCAAUUAAUGCAUGUUCAUGAAAUUUAAUCCCAAUCCCAAUUCAACACAUCAAACCAUCAAACUAAAUUCUUUUGAUCAAUCUACUUAAACUCGUUCUGUAUUUACCAUUUGAAUUGGAAACAUCAAUUUAUUUAAACCAGUAAAAAAAUAUUGCCAACGUUGAUUUUUGCAAAGAAUUGCCUGUUUCCUUGAAUUCAAGUCUAUUCAAUUUAUUGAUUCUAAAAUUUAUGAGUCAAGUUUGAUCAUCUAGAUAAUUAAGGAGAAAAUUCAUCAUAAGGAAAUAUCUACUUCAUGAAAAUAGUAAUUUAAGAUAUCCAAUUGUCUGGACUCGUCCGAUUCACGUCUUAAAUCAUCAGUUGAAGAAAAGAUAUUGUUGAUAAAACUUGAAAUAGUUUUGUUGAUUUUUUGUGAAUUCAUGUUACGAAAAUUGUAUUUCUCGCUUUUUAAUGGAAAAUCAUUUGCCCAUUCAUAUAUCAAAAAUGGCCAACUCUUAAAACCCACUGUUACACCAAGUUUACAUAGAUUGUCAUCGAGUGAUAGCAAGAGCAGUUCUAAUAAAAGUAACCUCGAUGUGCCAAAAAAGGCCGUUGUUGGCUAUGCAGUUAGCGAUGCUGCUAUUGGUAGGAAAAAGGUGCGAACAAUUGAUAUUGUGUCAAUGAAGGAGAAAGGCAAACGAAUAAAAUGUUUAACUUGUUAUGAUUACACGUUUGCUUCAAUUUUGGAAAGAACCAAUGUCGAUAUUGUUCUGGUCGGUGAUUCAGCUGGUCACGUUAUGCAAGGAAAAUCAAAUACUCUAUCAGUAACGUUAGAUCAUAUUAAAUAUCAUGUUGAGUGUGUUGCUGGGGCAAUAAAACGUCCGCUUUUGGUAGCAGAUAUGCCUUUCAUGAGUUUUGGACCCAGUCUAGAGGUAUCUUGCGCUAAUGUGGCCACUUUGGUAGCAGCUGGAGCCGAAGCUGUCAAAAUUGAAGGUGCUUCCGAAGUUUUAUGUAAACAAAUUGAAUUCUUGGUGGCAUCAGGAGUACCAGUAAUGGGUCAUAUUGGAUUGCAACCACAAGCUGUCCAUUCUUAUGGUGGUUUCAGAAUUCAGGGUAAAAAUGAGAAAGCACUAAAUCGUUUAUUACAACAAGCUAAAGAUCUGGAAAACGCUGGCUGCUUCUCUAUGGUAAUUGAAUUAACCGAACCUUCUGUGGCUGCACAGAUCACCAAAUCUGUGAAAAUACCAACAAUUAGCAUUGGUGCCGGUAAUAGCUGCGAUGGUAAUAUCCUGGUUAUUCAAGAUAUGCUGGGAAUGAAUAUCGGUUUUAAGCCAAAAUUUUUGAAAACCUUUGCUAAUUUAGAGGAAGAUAUCAGAAACGCUGUUAAUCGUUACUGUGAAGAAGUCGAUAAUGGAACCAGUGAACCAAUUUAAUUGUUGAAAUAUGAAGCUUAAAUGGUAUUUAUCAGUGUUAAUUUAAUAUUUACAAAAUAGUAUUACCUGUUUGAAUAUUAUUAACUUUAAUGUUGUUACUUAAAAUAUCGAUACUAUUGACAACAGUAUUGACUAAAAACUAUCAUACUUAUUAGGGAACCACUGGAAAAGUUCACACUUUUCUUGCUUAAAUUAAAAUUAACUUGCACAAUUAUGUGUAAACUUAUCAAUAAAUAUUUUUUAAUUGGUUUAGAAGAUUUGAAA